GGGGCGGGACGGAGCCUGCGAGAGAACAGGCAAGAAAGAUGGCUGUCCUCGCGCCUCUGAUUGCUCUGGUGUACUCGGUGCCGCGGCUUUCUCGAUGGCUGGCCCGACCUUAUUGCCUUCUGUCUGCCCUGCUCUCCGCUGCUUUCCUCCUCGUGAGGAAACUGCCGCCGAUUUGCAACGGUCUCCCCACGCAGCGCGAAGAUGGUAACCCGUGUGACUUUGACUGGAGAGAAGUGGAGAUCCUGAUGUUCCUCAGUGCCAUUGUGAUGAUGAAGAACCGCAGAUCCAUCACUGUGGAGCAACACGUAGGCAACAUCUUCAUGUUCAGUAAGGUGGCCAACGCAAUUCUUUUCUUCCGCCUGGAUAUUCGAAUGGGUCUACUAUACCUCACACUCUGCAUAGUGUUCCUGAUGACUUGCAAGCCCCCCCUGUACAUGGGUCCUGAGUACAUCAAGUACUUCAAUGAUAAAACCAUUGACGAAGAACUGGAGCGGGACAAGAGGGUCACUUGGAUUGUGGAGUUCUUUGCCAAUUGGUCUAAUGAUUGUCAGUCAUUUGCUCCCAUCUAUGCUGACCUGUCUCUCAAGUACAACUGUACAGGGCUAAAUUUCGGGAAGGUAGAUGUUGGACGCUAUACUGAUGUUAGCACAAGGUACAAAGUGAGCACGUCACCCCUCACCAAACAACUCCCUACCCUGAUCCUGUUCCAAGGUGGCAAGGAGGUAAUUCGGCGGCCACAGAUUGACAAGAAAGGACGAGCCGUCUCUUGGACCUUUUCUGAGGAGAAUGUGAUUCGAGAGUUCAAUUUGAAUGAACUAUACCAACGAGCCAAGAAGCUGUCAAAGGGUGGAGACAGUGUGUCGGAAGAAAAUCCUGUGGCCCCUGCUCCCUCUGCCGUGCCGGAUGGGGAAAACAAGAAGGACAAAUAGGACCCUGCAUUGUUCUUGCUUCUGUCAGUUUCUGGCACCUUUGAGGCCCAAUUCCAGCUGUAACCACAAUCCUUGCCUGAGGCUGUGGCCAUUUGUUUUCUCCUGUUGGGCCAUGCCUGGGUUGGGGCAGGGAGCCUGCUUCUGGGUUUUAAAGCAUCAUCUAGGGAACCAUGAAGCAUUCUAUGGAAAGGCUGUUCUGCCUCGGCCAAGUGUUUCUGGAAGGGAGUGAUCUCAUAGACAAGAGGUAGAAAUGGUUUCCCUCCAAGGUUGGGUCAGCAUGUAAACUGCUAUUCAACGCUUGGAUAUCACCAGUCUGUGGUUUCAUUAUUCCUCCUAGUGAGCCUGCAAAGUAUAAACUAAAUUAAACUCUAAUAUUAGAUGUCAGAAUAUAAAGCACUAAGAAAUUUUCCUCAAGAACCCUUUCUUCCUUAGGCCUUUCUGGCUUGAACUGUGGCAUUCAUUAAGAUACUUAAGCUUACGGGUGGGGCGGUGGUGGCACACGCCUUUAAUCCCAGCACUCGGUACCAGAGGCAGGAGGAUCUCUGAGUUCCAGGCCAGCCUGGUCUACAGAUCGAGAUCCACAACAGGCACCAAAGCUACACAGAGAAACCCUGUCUCGGGAGAAAAAAAAAAGAUAGUUAAGCUUAAAGGAUUGGAGAAAUGGCUCAGUGGUUAAGCACUCACUGGCUAUUUUUCCAGAGGACCCCGUGGGGAGGGCUGAACUGUCUGCAACUCUAGUCCCAGGCAAAAGGGGUUUAUGUGUUGUAAUUUAAUCUUUAAAUGUCACUGAUCCCAGUGAAAAGCCUUCAACCAGAAUUUUCAUCAUUGGAAAUAGAACUGAAUGAUUCCCCUGUAUUGUGAGAACUGAAAGGAAGGGCAAUGUAAACUUGAGAAGGUCUUUUGUGUGGGACGGGAAGAAGCAAGCCCCAAGUCUGGACAGCUGUUUUCUUGUCCACACAGCUUUCCCUAAUAAAGGGAUUGUUAUUUUGA